AUGCAUAAUCUUGGGCAAAGAGAUGAACCCAAUGUGCUGGUAAGAAAGGAAAGACUCAUCAACUUGUUGAAUGAGCAGCAACCGCAAAGAGCAAGGGCAGCAUCGGAAGAGCAGCUGAAGGCCUACAGAGAGCUAGCCGAUAAAGUGAAAGAGUUGGAAAGGCAGUUGGCUGCCAAAAACGAAGCCGGCAACACUCCGAUUGCAUCUAGCGCGCCGACCAUAAAGCGCUGCAAUAAAGCGAGCACGAGCUUCGUCCAGCAGCUCUUCGUCGAGCUCGGACAGCGAUGUUGCGGUGGUGGAGGAAAAGAAGAAGAUGUGGAUGCGUCCAAGGGCGCUGAGGUGGCAAGGAAGAAGAAGAAAGAAUAG